AUGGAGGGGUGUCCAUUUCUGUGAGGAGUUGGUUUCAACCUUCCAGCUGCACAGUUUUGACAUAAGGACUCCUUUCAGACAAGUGCUGUGUUAAAGACAGUGGAAAGUGGAGGCAGAGGGAUACCAAAUUAUGAAUAUACUUUUGGCUGCUUACAGAGGGGACAUAGUAUCUCUGCGCAGGAGCAGAUGUGAAUGCUGUGGAUUAUGACGGACGGUCAGCGCUGCACGUCGCAGCCUCUGAGGGAUGUCUGGAUGUCAUCAAGUUCCUGGUGGAGAACGCAGGUGCAGAGUGCACACUCAAGGACAGUUGCUAAAGGAAAAGAUCAAUGGAGUUGAAGGAACAAAACUGGAUGAAGAAUUCCUCAACAUGGAAAGGAAAACUGAUAUUACCCACAAACUGAUUCUCGACCUUGUUCCAAAAACUAUAGGAUAUCUUCAGCCAAACCCAGCAUACAGAGCAAAACUCAGCGUGCUCAAUACAGUGUCCAAAAUUCGUGGGCAGGUGAAGGCUGUGGGCUAUCCUCAGACGGAGGGCAUUCUUGGAGAUUGCAUGUUGUGCUAUGGCAAUGAGCUUGGAGCUGAGUCUGGUUUUGGUUUUGCUCUGCUUGAAAUGGGAGAGGCUUUGAAACAAGUAGCCCAGGCAAAAGACUGCAUGGAUGUCCGAGUGAAACGAACCUUCAUUGAUCCUCUGCAGUCCCUGCAGCACAAAGAGCUGAAGGAAAUUGCGUAUCAUCUGAGAAAACUUGAAGGUCGGCGUCUAGAUUUUGAUUACAAAAAAAGGCGUAAAGGAAAGAUUGCAGACUCUGAAAUUAAGAAAGCAUUUGAAAAGUUUGAAGAAUCCAAAGAAUUGGCUAAGAGAAGCAUGUUUAAUCUCCUGGAGAGAGAUGUACAACGGAUGCAACACCUCUCAGGUCUUUUAGAAGCAGUGAUGGACUACCACCGCCAGUCAUCCCAGAUUCUAGAACAUCUCAGGAGUAGUUUGCAGAGCAGGAUAGCAGACGCAAGCAAUCAACCCAAAAGGGAAUUUGCAUCUAAAUCAGUUGCGAGCACAGUUUGCUACACGGAUACUUAUGGAUUUUCCACAUGCUCAUCCGAUACUGAGAUUACUGAAGCUUUGAGUGAAAAAUUCUUUCUUUACCAGAUGCAACGGUUGUGGUUCACCCUCCUGACAAAGUCACCAUCAAAGCUCAAACAACAGACAAACCAACCAGCAACAAUGAUAGCGGCCCCCUCUUGGAUCAGCCCUGCUGUCAGGCACUUUACAGUUUCCAGCCUGAGAACCAGGGAGAGCUGGGCUUUAAGGAGGGUGACAUCAUCAUUCUGACCAGCCAGAUCGAUGAGAACUGGUGUGAGGGAAUGGUUAGAGGGGAGGCUGGCUUAUUUCCCAUGAACUACGUCAAAGUCCUUGUACCUCUGCCACACUGACAGCGGGAAGGCACUGCAGCUGGACAACAUGAACUGUGCCAGUUUUUGGAGAUUAAAAAACUUGGAUUAUUUGAUAAAGGUUAAUAUGUGAAGCACUUCUGAGCCCAUGCUUUAUAUUUAUCUGUAUUAUCAAUAUGCAAAGUAAUGUACCCUGCCUUGUAUUCUUUAUCUGAUUAUUUUUUAUGAAUCUUAAAAUGUUAAAUAAAUAUGCUGCUAUAUAAAAAACGUAAGUAUCCUAUAUGUAAGUGCACUAUGAAUGUUUGAUCAUUUUAAUACAAUAUGGUCAUAGACUGAUUAGUUUAUAUUUUUCUCAUUUUAAUAGCACUAAGAAACAUUAAAUUACUUCUCAGGAGUGAUUUUAUUUUUUCUUUGUCUUUCCUUAAAAAUAAAUCAAAUUGUACAGUGCA